GUGAGAGGCGGAGCAAUAGUGGAAAAACAGACAAAUUUAAACUAAGUUCAUCAGGUCUUUCUCAUCUACAGCAGAAACACUGUGUGUAGAUAUGGCUGCUGCCACUAGUCUGCUGUCUGAAGAUCAGUUUCUGUGCCCCAUCUGUCUGGAUGUGUUCACUGAUCCAGUCAGUGCACCAUGUGGACACAACUUCUGCAAAAACUGCAUCUGUGAACACUGGAAUAUUGCUGUCCAAUGCCAGUGUCCCGUCUGUAAAACGCUUUUCUACACAAAACCUGAGCUGCAGGUCAACAUUUUCAUCUCUGAGAUGGUUGAUCGGUUCAGACAGUCAGCUCAACAGAGAGCCAGCAGCAGCAGAUCAGAGCAACAAGCUGCCAAACCAGGAGAAGUACCCUGUGACAUCUGCACUGGAACCAAACUGAAGGCUGUGAAGUCCUGUCUGGUGUGUCUGGUGUCCUACUGUGAGAUUCACCUGGAGCCUCAUCUGACAGCAUCAGGACUGAAAAGACAUGAGCUGAUUGAUCCUGUGGAGAACCUGGAGGGAAGAAUGUGUGUGAACCACGAUAAACUGCUGGAGUUGUUCUGCAAGGAUGAUCAGACAUGUGUCUGUAUGCUCUGCACUAUUUUAGACCACAAAGCACAUGAAGUUGUUCCUCUAAAAGAGGAAUAUGAAGAAAAGAAGGCCGAGCUGGAGAAGACAGAGGCUGAGAUUCAGCAGAUGAUCCAGAAGAGACGACUGAAGAUUCAAGAGAUCAAACAAUCCAUCAAGCUCAGCAAGGAAAAUGCAGACAAAGAGAUAGCAGAAGAUGUUCAGGCCUUUACCAAACUGAAGGAGUCAGUUGAGAAAUACCAGGCCAGAGUCAUCACAAUGAUUGAAGAGAAGCAGAAAAGGACAGAGAAACAGGCUGAAGGAUUCAUCAAAGAGCUGGAGCAGGAAAUCUCUGAGCUGAAGAAGAGGAGUUCUGAGCUGGAGAAGCUCACACACUCUGAAGACCACUUCAACCUCCUCCAAAGCUUCCCGUCCCUGAACGCUGCUCCACCCACCAAAGACUGGACAGAUGUCAAAGUCUGUCUGCCAUCAUAUGAUGGGACUGUGAAGACAGUUGUGGCUCAACUGGUGAAGAAACUGAAGAAAAUGUUCACAUACGGUUUGCUGAUGUGGGUCCAGCAGUAUGCAGUGGAUGUGACACUUGAUCCUGAUACAGCAAAUCCCAAUCUCAUCCUGUCUGACGAUGGGAAACAAGUCCAUCAUGUUGUUGCAAAGAAGAAUCUCCCAGACAACCCAGAGAGAUUUUCUAUUGGUGCCUGUGUCUUAGGGAAGCAAACUGUUUCCUCUGGAAAAAUGUACUUUGAGGUUCAGGUUAAAGGAAAGUCUGAUUUGAUUUUAGGAGUUGCCAGAGAGUCAAUCAACAGGAAGGAGCCAAUCAUAGUUGGCUGUGAGAUUGGUUACUGGACUCUACAUUUGGGGAAUGAAAAUCUGUACUUUGCUCUUGCUGAGACUCCAGUUCGUCUCUCUCUGAAGUCAAAGCUUGAGAAGGUUGGGGUGUUUGUGGAUUAUGAGGAGGGUCUGGUCUCCUUUUAUGAUGUCGAUGUUUCAGCUCUUAUCUACUCCUAUACCGGCUGCUCCUUCAAUGAGAAACUCCUCCCAUUCUUCUGUCCCUGUUCUAAUCAGUAUGGUAAAAACUCCACCCCUCUGAUCAUCUCCCGUCCACCACACUGAGUAGAGAAACCAUUUAAUUUCCUUGAAAAAGAUUUAGUUUUUUAAGGUGAGAAAUCUCCAUGUUUAGUGGUAAUGUACAGUUUGUACUUGUUGUCUACAGAUUCUAGUUGUUGUAGAUGUUGCCCUCUUCUAAUGAGUGUUAUGCUUGUCCUCAAAUGUGAGAAACAUCACAAAGUAAUGUAAAUAAAAAUCAUCAUGUGGAAAUGUUCUUGCAUGUGUAGAUGGGAAAUUAAAAACAAACUGUAUAGCAGUAAGUGGGUUUUAAAAAUGGAUGGAUGGACAUAUUUUGGUAGAAUUACUGAAGAACAUUUUAUUUUAUAGUUUGCAUUUCUCACAUCAUACAGUAAGUGCUGGAGUCCAAUAGUAAAAGGCCUUGCUUUGGUAUUUUUGGUAACAUUUAAAAUUACAGACCGCAGCAUACAACAUAAUUGAAUAAACAGGAUGAUAUUUCUGGUUCUGCUCCUUGAAGUUUCAUCCUUUUUUAAACUGAAGUGAGUGAAACUUUUCACUCUGCCUCACUAUUUAUCUUAUUCUUUCUGACGUAUCAUAUAUUAAUGUUAAAACUGUCCUGUGAUUGUGUGAUUGUGCUUUAUAUCUUAUACUUUUUUAUUUUGUGACUUUUUUUUUUUUAUGAUGUAUCAUUUGUGUGAUUCAAUUUGUGAAGGUUUUGUUAGACUGCUGAUUUUUUAUAAGCACUACAAACCAACAUCUGUUUGUUUUUUUACUCAGAAAAAAGAUAUGCAAUACUGUUUUCCUAUAAUUAUUUGCAUGUUCUUGUAGCUGCAGUUUAUUUGACACAAGGUGUAUACAAAUCAUUGCCGCCAUCAUCCAAUCAUCAUAACUGCCUUUUACACAAUCCAUAUAUUUUAAUGCAAAAUAAACAUUUUGUAAAAUAUUAUUAAUCAUUUAAAUAACAAAAUUUAGAAGAUUGUGUUGCCAUGAUGGAGGCGUCGCUAUGCUGUUAGUUUUUGGGUGUUUUUUUGAAGUACAAAUACACAUAUUUGCAUCGUUCAUGUUCAUGUGUACUAAGUGGUAAUGAAUGGAAUAAAAUUGAAUUGAAAAUUGAAUUAAAUAUGUCUCUAAUAUACAAAUACACACUUCUGUGAGCAUAUGUCCUCUAAUUGAAAAGUGAAACUACUCCUAAGUCUGUGUAAACACUUUGAUGCAGUACUAAAGUUUAACCACUGGAGGGCGGUGUUUCCCUGCUUUAUGAAAGUUAGCUACAUUAAAGUCCUUCACUGUAGAAUCACUUCAUAUUGUGAGAGGCAGAAGGGGUGAGAGGGAUUAGGGAGGAAAAAUGUUACUCCUUCUUCUCAUAUCUCUCUCUCUCUCUCUCCUUUCCUCUCCUUCUUUAGCCUCUUUUCUGUCUCC